AUGUCCAAUCACAUCAGGCGCCACUCUAGCGGCGCCGACUUCAACUUGUCCUUUACACCCAUCUCAAGUGCAACGACGACAUUUACUUCACCGCAAGAAACGGCCCAUGGCUCGUUUACGACCUCAACAUUAUCUCUCAUAGCUAUUCUCCAAAGAUAA